UCAACUUGUCCUAUCAAGUGCCUAACCUAUUACAGGGCUGUGUCUAUAAUUAUGAGAAAUAAUUCCCUCAUACAGCUUCUUAUUCCGUAUAUUCUGCAAUAUUGCCUAGUUUAAGCCAUUCUUUUAUAGGGGAGUGUGAGACGUUGCCUUUAACUUGAUUUAUUGGGUGCAACAUACACUAGUGCCCCUCUUUUUAUUUCUAACUGAAUAUGGAUAAAUCUACCCUUUUCAAUAAUUUCUUGCAAAAUCAAUCGACUUAUUCAAACUCAACUAUUGCCAAGAUUGAAGACGAUAAAACAUCUUCAAUCAGCAUUGAUGAAAACAUCAGAUUUGAUGAAAAUGAUUUGGAAAGAGGUAGAACUCGAGUUAAGACAUCUGAUAGAUUGAGAAGAUUAUCAAUUCACAGUAGAGAUGAUGGAAAUGGUAAAAUGUAUACUAUCAAUGAAAGGGCUAAACCAGAGGUCGUUUUACCUACAUUGUUCAAAACAGUUUCCCACAAGAUUGAUAAUGAACUUGAAAAUGAAAUUAAGCUUGAAUCUCAGAAUAAUAAGUUCACAAGUUACACUUAUCAUGUGGAUGAUGUUGCCACUAUUCUUGUUAAGUUUUCCACUAGUUUGGUUAAUGGACUCUCUCAAUUCCAAUAUGAAGCUAACUUGAAGACAUUUGGAGUCAAUGUUCAAUCGAAACCUCCUUCAGGGUUAUUGAAGAAAUUAUUCAUGUACUUCUUUGGUGGAUUUGGUGGGUUAUUACUUGCUGGUGGUGUGUUAUGUAUUAUUUGUUGGAAACCAUUAGGUGAGCCUCCAGCAGUUUCAAAUCUUGUUCUUGGUAUAAUUUUGUUGUGUAUAUUUCUUCUUCAGGCCAUUUUUAACUUCUUUCAAGAUUUCUCAAGUUCUAGAGUAAUGGAUUCUAUUCAUGGUAUGAUUCCAACAGAGUCAAUUGUUAUCAGAGAUGCCAAGAGUAUUAAUGUUGAUUCCAAAACUUUAGUUCCUGGUGAUUUAGUAAAGUUCAAUCCAGGGUCUAAAAUCCCAGCAGAUAUUAGAAUUGUUGAAUGUUCUCCUGAUUUAGCGUUUGAUAGAUCGAUCUUGACUGGUGAAUCAAGACCAAUUCCGGCAUCUUCAUUUAGCGAACCACCAAAAUCCAAUUACUUAGAAAGUGUAUGUAUUGCUAUGCAAGGAACUUUUGUACUUAAUGGAUCAGGAAUAGGAAUUGUUGUCUCUAUUGGUGAUGAAACUAUAUUUGGAUCUAUUGCUAAAAUGACGUCUAAGCCUAAGAAGGGACUAACUCCAUUACAAUAUGAGAUUUUUAGAUUUGUCGGUUUGACUUCCAUAAUUAUUAUUAGUUUGAUGGUAUUAAUCAUUACCCUUUGGGCUGCUUGGUUGCGUCGCGAUUAUCCUGAAUGGAUUAAUGUUCCAACUUUAAUUGUUGAUUUGGUUUCAGUAGCAGUUGCUUUCAUUCCAGAAGGAUUACCAAUUGCUUUGACUACUUGUUUGCUAAUCACUGCUAAUGAAAUGAGGAAGAACAGCAUAUUGUGUAAAUCUUUAUCGGUUGUCGAAACAUUAGGUUCAGUAAGUGUAUUAUGUUUUGAUAAAACUGGAACUUUGACUAAGAAUCAUAUGGUAGUCACAAAUGUCAGUGAUGGGUCGGAUGAUUUGGAACUUGAGAGCUACGAGCCCUCUUUGCCCCAGCAUAAUCAACUAUUGACCAUUGCUUCUUUGUGCAAUGAAUCAAAUUUAGUUAAUAAUAUUCCCGUUGGUGGUAAUGCGACCGAUAGAGCUAUUCUAAAUUUUGCAGCCAGUAAUGGACUUAACUUUGACACUACUAAGGACAAAUGGAUUAAAGAUUUUGAAAUUCCCUUUAAUUCGAAAGAUAAAUUUAUGAUAACAGUUGCACAUUCAAUAUAUCAACAAAAUUGGACUGAUAUGGGAUUCAAUACUGAUUGUAUUGAUUAUGAUGAAGAAUUGUUAAUUAUGGUAAAAGGUGCUCCAGAUAUCUUAUUAGAAAAUUGUUCUUAUAUCAUGGAGAAUAACUCAAUUUUAUCUGAAUUAACUGAAGAAUCCAAGGAGAGAAUUAAGCAUAUUCAACGUAAAUGGUCCAAUGGUGGUAAAAGAGUUAUUAUGCUCACCUCCAAAUUGAUACCAAAAAAGUCAAUUAUUGAUUUCAACUCAAAAGUUGAAACUUCAAAACAAAUCAAAGAACUUGCUUCUUCAGAAUUAAUAUUAAUUGGUAUGGUUGGAAUUGAAGAUCCUCCAAGACAAGGCGUCAAGGGAGUAAUUAAUAAGUUGAGAAAUGCUGGUAUUAAAAUUAUAAUGAUUACAGGAGAUUUUGAAUUGACAGGCUUAUCAAUUGCACGCCAGUGUGGAAUAAUCACAAGUACCAACGUGGAUACCUACCAAGACCUUGGUUAUUAUCAUGAUGACUCAGAUCAAGAUGAUGAAAUGGAAAGAGGAAUUAGUAUAACUGGACCUGAUUUAGUGAAGUUAGACGAAGCUCAAUGGGAGAAUUUAAUUAGAUAUAAUGAAUUGGUAUUUACAAGAACAACACCUGAACAGAAACUAUUAAUCAUCAAGCAAUUUCAGAAAUAUAAACAGGUUAUUGGAAUGACUGGGGAUGGUAUUAAUGAUGCACCAUCUUUGAAACAAGCCGAUGUUGGUAUUUCUAUCGCCAACGCAAGCGAUAUAGCCAAGGAAGCAGCAGAUUUAAUUUUGAUGGAAGGAGAUAACGAUGAUCAUUUAUUUAAUGCAAUUAUUGAAGCUUUAAAGUUUGGAAGAUUGGUAUUUGAAAACUUACGUAAGACAGUUGGUUAUUUAUUACCGGCUGGUACUUAUUCCGAAUUAUGGCCCGUGUUAUUGAAUGUAAUCUUUGGAAUGCCCCAAAUGUUGUCUUCUUUUCUUAUGAUUAUAAUUUGUUGUUGUACUGACUGUAUUGGGGCAAUUAUCUUAGCAUAUGAAUCAAAUGAAAGAAACUUAUUAAGUAAAAAACCUAGAAGUGUUACUAAAGAAAGACUUGUUGAUUUUAAAUUAUUGUUACAUUCUUAUUUUGUGGUUGGUACUUUUUAUACAUUCACUUCGAUGUUGGUAGCAUUUUUGAAUUUAAAAAGAAAGGGUUACAGUUUCCAUGAUUUUUCAUUGUCUUAUGGAUCUUAUGAAAAUUUGCCUAAUGUUUCUGAAGAUAUUAACGUGUCUUCCUCCAUCUACUUUGUUAAUUUGGUAUUUAUGCAAUUAUUUAAUCUUUUAUGUAUGAGAACAAGAUACUUAAGUAUUUUCCAGCAUUCUCCAAUGAAAAAUAAGAGAUUAUUCAUAGUCAUGCCGGUUGCUGUGGGUAUUACAUUUUUCAUAAAUUACAUUCCUGCCAUCCAGAAUGCUAUGGGUACAGCUCAAGUUCCAGUCGAAUAUUAUUUCAUUGCAAUUGGUUUUGGUCUAAUUGUCUUUAUUUAUGAUGAAUCUAGAAAGUACAUUGCAAGGAAGUAUCCAAAGGGUUUUGUUGCCAGGAUUUCCUGGUAA